GUCAAACACAAAAAAACCACACCCUUAAAUCUCACCUCCAUUCCCCUUCCACAGUUUCAUUCAACUCAAAACACAAACAUUUUACUCAUCUCUCUGCAAACAGAAUUUCUAAAAACAAUCUCAGAAUUCUAUUAUAAAACUCUACAACAAUGUGUGGGGGUGCAAUUAUAUCCGACUUCAUUCCUCGGAGUCACGAUGGUCGUCGUAUCUCUGCUUCUGAAUUAUGGCCAAGUUCAUUUUUCAUCCAAAAACGUACCCAGAAAAAGAUCAAUCCCCGUUCAGGGUAUGAUAAUGGAGAGGAAAUGGAGAAACCGACUAAAAGAAAGAGGAAGAAUUUAUACAGAGGAAUAAGACAGAGACCAUGGGGGAAAUGGGCAGCUGAAAUACGCGAUCCUAGAAAAGGGGUUAGAGUUUGGUUGGGUACUUUUAAUACAGCCGAAGAUGCAGCGCGAGCUUAUGACAAAGAAGCUAGAAAAAUCAGAGGCAGAAAAGCUAAAGUUAAUUUCCCUAAUGAAGAUGACAACACCAACAACUACAACAAAAGGAAUGAGAAGACCCGUGUUCUCAAAUUUCAAGAUGAGCUUCCUGAUUUUGAUUUUGGGUUUGCUGGAAUUGAAAUGGAUCAUAGUAGUACGGACUGUAAUAAUGUUGUUUGUGUUCAAGAGGAAUUAAAAGUGGAAGAAGAAAGCUUGGUGGAAACAGAGGAGGAGAGUGAAGAAGUAAAAAAACUAUCAGAAGAGUUAAUGGCUUAUGAAUCAUAUAUGAAAUUCUAUCAAAUUCCUUAUCUUGAUGGUGGUAACAGUUUUGAACAACAAUCCAAUAUUGGUGUUCAAGAGAGUUUAGUGGAUGAUGGAUCUGGUUCUUUACAACUAUGGAGCUUCUGAUGAUGAUGAUGAUGUUCCAUUUUCUCUCCUACUCAGACAUGAAUUCACAGUAUCCAACUAAGAAUCGAAGAUCUUCAGUUCUGUUAAUUAAUUUUAACUUAUUAGCUUCAAUUUUUCAUUCAUGUUUUCAUGUAGAUUUUGUUUCUUGUUAUUGUUUAAUUUUUGUAUUUUGAUUUCGAAUUCUGUAAAUUCAUGGAAUCCAAUUGUUAAUAAAUAACAUUUUCAAAGGCUUCUCUAGUA